UUCUGUGAAUAGAACUGGAGUAUUAUCAUCCUGGGCUAGUUAUGGAGCGGAUGUGUGGCUACUGCCAAUCUACUGCCACCCACUGCUCAGUGUGCAGAUACAGAUGCUCAGAUCUUCCCGUGGACAGUCAGAGUAACGCAUGAACGGGAUUCCUAGAGCAACGGUUUGCUUUCAGUGAAAGAGAGAACCAAGCGGUCACGCUCUGGUCAGCUGGCAAUCUGAGCAACAGCACUGACCAGAAUGGAGAAGGAGCGAAAAUGUGUGAAACAGUACGGGUCUGUGGAGAGAGCCGAGCCAGCCAAGGACGCAGCCAGAACAGAUGAUGAGGACAUUGUUUCCAUGGCCGACUCGACCAUCACUGUGGACGACAUUGAAGGGGAGCUGUUCAAAAUCGAGCGGAUACGGGAUGUGCUGGUGCGGAGAGAGUCUGAGCUGAGAUACAUGAUGGAUGAUAUUCAGCUAUGUAAAGAGAUCACCAGGCUUAAAAAAGAACUCCAGAAACUGGUCUCAAUCCCAGAUAAGGACAAAUCCAAUGAGGACAGGCAGAGAGAGGAUGAGCUAUUGCAGCAGAUCCAUAAACUAGUGGAGACACGGGACUUUCUGGUGGACGAUGUGGAGUUCGAGAGACUGAGAGAGAAAGAAGAGGACAAAGAGAUGGCGGAGUUCUUACGGGCAAAAUUUCCUGCAAGCUCCACCAAAAAAACUUCCUAUCAAGACAGAAGGAUGACCUCCAGGGCUCAGCAGACCUCCUCUCCAUUUGUGACCAAGACUGGCCUCACCCUGCUUAAAGAAUGCUGUGGUUUUACCUGUUCCAUCAUGUAAACCGAGAAAUAGAAAGAGAAAGAGAGAGAGUGAGACUGAUGGGGGAGAAACUGAGAGAGGGAGAAGUGCAGAAGAAGACUUACAGGGAGUGAAAUUGUGAACCAACAGACCUACAACAGAAGUACAGAGGCAGAAAAUAGUGUGGGUCUAUGAUGAAGUUCAGACAGGCAGCCAAGAGGCCUUUUACAUGACAAUAUCUUUCUAUUUUAAGGACAUAAGACUACUCUUUGAACUCAUUAUUGAUGUGCAGAUUGCAACAAUGAGAUAAACAUUAUGCAAAUUGGUGCUUGUUAAGUCACUGUAAUUAGGCAGUAGUAUGUGUCUGUGUUUCUCCUAUUAAGAAGUGUUAGAGGCCAAAGUUAAGCAAUCCCAAGAGCAGUUCCUCUAAAACCCUCGACUAAGCAGUUGCUUAAACUUUUAACAGUACUUUUUCACUGUUGUCUGAGUAAAAUGUGGAAAAAUGCUAAUUAGAAAAGCUGUUAGCAUCACUAUAUUUUUAGUUUGCCAGUGCUAAGCCAACUCUGGUAGCCUUACAAUGUUCUGAAAUCCAGUUACAGUAACUGCCGUCUUUGAAUAUAGCCCCAUUUCAACCCUGCUAGGACUAUGAAUAUGUCCUUGGGCCUGACACUUACCAGCCAGAGUGAAUAAGAGGGAGAGAGUGGUGGGACAGGAGGAGGAGGGGGAAGAAGAAGAAAGAGAUCACUUUAGAAGCCCACCAAGUAGGAUUAAAAGGAACACAUGUACUGGCUAGAUAAAAGGGAAUUUAAUGUCAUAUUUAUGUCAUGUUUUCUCUGUUCCUGUGCUUUCCUAUGUGAUGGUGUAAAGUCCAACUUGAAUGCAGCUUGCUUUAAUGUUAAUGGCAUUCUGAUUUGAAUGCAGAGUACAGGCAUGCCUUUUUUUUCAUAGCAACUGUGGGAAGGCUGAAAACAUUUUACAGAACCUUGACAAAAUAGCAUUCAACCUGUUGAGAAACUGUCUGUGCCCCUACAGUGUUUGUUAAGAGUUGCCACACUCAUAAAAAAAGAUGAGUCUUCAAGGGUUCUAUAGUAAAGGGAAUGGUUAUAUUUAACGCCAUUAGUUGGCUGGGGCAGUUAUGGGAUGUAGGUUAGUGAACCAGCCUUGUGACCAGAAGGUCACUGGUUUGAUCCCUAGAGCUGACAGUACAUGACUGAGGUGCCCUUGAACAAGGUACGUGCUGCGGGUAGGGCUGCCCACCCUUUUUCAUGCUAUAUAGAACCAUUUUCAAAAAGGCUAUAUAUAGAAUCAUACACAACACAUUCUCCAUCAAUCUGAAGAUCCUUUUCACGUCGCAAAGAACCCAUUAAGCAUUAAGUUGUUCUACAUAUAGAACCAUAUAGAACCUUUACCUAAAGAACCAUCUUUUUAAGAGUGUACUUAACAUAGUAUAGUGCCCUCCACAAAUAUUGGUAAAUUGGCUGUAAAACAAUUAUCCUUUUGCUCUUUCAUUGAAAAUAUGACCAAAAACCUAUUAUUUAAAAUACAAUGUUUGAAAUAAAAAUAAAUAAAUCUUAUAAUGAAAUAAAUAUUGUUCUCAAAUCUAUGUGUGCCACAAUAAUUGGCACUUAGUAGCGUUUUCUAUCUAAAUAACGUAUGUUCCCAUAUUCAUAUGUUUUAAAAUUCAUUUGAGCUACUGGAGCACUUAAGUGCUCAGCUUAAGUGCUCAGCUUAAGUGCUCAGCUAUGUUUCAGUGGAGUAUAAAUAUGAGGUGACACACAAGCCAAAUUCCCUCAGUUAUUCAUCAUUAUACAAAAGACCAGAGAAAACAGCAAUGAUGUGCAACAAACAUUUGUUAACCUCAACAGAAAUCAGGAGAUCACUACAAGACAACAGUUAUCAGAACGAUAAUUAAGAAGUUUAAAUAACUGGAGAUGUUAAGAAUCUGCUAGAAAGAUAUCGUAAGAUAUCGAAGACGUAUAUCUAUAGUGACUCCAAGCACAAUGAGGAGGCUGGUUUGAGUGACCAAAAAAAUUUCCACAGAUCACAGUUGGGGAAUUGCAGACAUUAGGUAGGUCUUGGCGUCAGAACAUCUCCCAGACUACAACCAGACGCCACCUCCAUAACAACAAUUUGUUUGGGAGGGGUUGCCAGAAAAAAGCCUCUGAGACCAAAAUAGAGCUUUCUGCCAGCAAACACCAGAGGUGGGUUUGACAGAUAGCUCCAAUCCUCUGACCUAAACCCCAGAGAAAACCUGUGGGAUAAACUGAAAAGAAGAGUUCACAACUCUGGACCUCAGAAUCUGAAAAAUCUGGAGAGACUGUACAAUGGAAUGGUCACAGUGUUCUCCAGUCUCAGGAGAAGACUCAAAGCUGUUAUCUUUGCCAAAGAAUGUAAAACAUAUUAAAUUAAGAAGUGCCAACAAGUGUGCCACACACAGAUUUGAGAAAAUGAUUUAUUCCAUGACUUCAUUAUUAAUGUUUUAUCAGGUGCAUCAAUAUUGUGGAGGGCACUGUACGUUUCCAGUUUUAAUGUUACACCACCACGCCAGACUGACGUUUUAACCCCUUAAAUGGUUAGGGCCCUCCAGUGGACCCAAAGUUUUAUUACACACUUCUAUAACUUAAGAAUAGCUCAGCCAGUUUGCACUGAAGUUCCUGUAGUCAUUGAAUAAUAUGCCUUAGUAUGUAAUAAGCCUGAGAUUUUAAGCCACAACUAAUUUAAACUAGGUAUAUUGCAAAUAACUUGUGUUGCAUGAAAACUACUACAAAGUAACACUAAUUUGACUACUUUGUACUAUAAUGAGGUAGAAUAAGAAUUGCUUGCAUUACUUGUACAUAUCUAAAAGCAGAGGAAAACUCUCAGGGCCUUCAGAGGCCUAAUAUUUACUGAGAAGUGAAAAAUGACGUUUGUAAGUUUGAGCUCAGUUUUAUUUAGUAGAAUAUUUGUAUUUAAAUUCUGCAAGUAUUACAGUACUACUUGUUUCAUUGUUAAGUGUAGGCUGGAAACAAAAAGGUUAGAGACUAUAAAUGCCCUGCGAAAAAAUAGGUUCAUUUGGAAUAGAUAAAUAUAUGGAAGAAAGCUCUCUUGUUGGUUAGGACUAUGAAAGCUGUUAACCCCAAUGGUGCAAAAGACAAUAAGGAAAUUGCUACGCAGUCUUUUGAGAGUUUGAUUAUGCAAAAAGAAAUAAUCCUAACAAUGCUAUCAUUUGACAUUAAUAAUGCCCUCUACUUCUAUAUUUUGACAGUUGUUGAGUUGUAUACUACAAUGUGGUUGAAAGGGAUUUUUGCCAUUGUUCUGUAAUGCUUGUCCAAUGUCACAACAAUUGCUAUGAAAAGACAGAUUUGUGGGCAUUGAUGAAUCAAUUCAUCCUUAAGCUGCAUUUUAAAUAGUGCCAUGCCAAUUUGGAGAUGUUUGUUAUAAAUUAUGAAUACAUUAAGCCUCUAUUUUACCUCUGGGUGUUGAGAUCCACUGAUUCACUGUGGCUUGUUCCAGUAUUGUGUGCUGCCUUUCUGCUGCAACACUUUUGACGUGAAAUCUAAUGUAUAUGAAAAGAGAGAACAGCAUUUGUGUGACAGAAGAGAAGAAUGAUCUGUCAUCAAUCUGUUUAUCAAUGUAGUUUGUGAAGUCUGACACUACUGAUGGUCAUAUGAGUGAUUCUAAAUGAAGCCGAAUUUUUCAGUAAAUGAAGACUUGAAUAACCA